AUGGGCUACACUGACCCCCCAAUAGUUGAAACCUCGCAAAUCUGGCAGCAGAAAUCUAUACAAGAAACGAGCCGUAUUGCCAGCGAACUCAUAACUUCUCAGCGGCACAACGAUCUGCGGAGGUGGUUGUCCCCCCCAAAUUCCUCCAUAAACGCAGACAGCGCCAGGACUGUACGACGGAAAGGUACCGGCUCGUGGAUUUUUGACGAGCCUUCCUUCCAGCUAUGGCGUAGCGGUUCUCGCCGAAACAUUUGGCUGUAUGGAUUAUCUGGAUGCGGCAAAACCGUUCUCAGUACUACGAUAUUCGAUCGCCUCAAGAAGGAGAAUGUCCAAUGCCUCCUACAGUUCUAUUUUGAUUUUCGAGAUUCCAAGAAACAAACGCUAGAUGCCAUGCUUCGAGGACUACUCUAUCAACUUCAUUUAUCCACCGGUGGGACUGUUUCUGGCCUCGACGCCUUGUUCUCUGAGUGUUCGGACGAUUAUAGACAACCUGCUUUCGAAAAGCUCUCGAGUUGUUUUCACGACAUGCUGAGGAGUGUGGAGAGUGCCGUCAUAGUGGUGGAUGCAUUAGACGAAUGCGUCACACGACACCCAUUGAUUCGUUGGAUAAGAGAUUUAGUAUCUACCAGUGACCUCGGACAUAUAAAGAUGAUGCUUACUAGUCGACCGGAGUACGAGUUUGAACAUGAGCUCGGGAUAGUUUUGGGGCCGGAGAAUUGCGUUCCUCUAAGCAGAACUGCCAUCAACUCGGACAUCCGGUCGUAUGUGGAACAAAGACUUGGCAGAGAUGCUGGAUUUGAGAAGUGGACAACAGCCCCUGGCAUCGUCAAAUUAGUGUGUGAUCAGAUUGCAAGCAAGGCGGACGGGAUAUGGGCAGCAUGCCAACUUGACAGCCUGGAGAACUGUCUUGACCGAGAAGGCAUAGAGACCGAGCUUGACUCACUGCCCCGAGAUCUCAACGAAACAUACGAACGAAUUCUCAACAACAUCUCGCAGACGCUGAAACCCAAAGCGAAUCGCCUUCUACAAUUCUUACUGUACUCCAAAACACCUCUUACAUUGGAAAAGGCCGUAGACAUCGUCGCCAUUAGGCGGGAAUCCUUCGACAUCGCAGACAGAAUGCCACGGCCUAAGGAAAUACAACGAAUAUGCCCCAGCCUUGUGACAUCGGUGGCAUAUGGAAAGGGGCGACACAGAACGAUUCAACUCCAGCUCGCUCACUCCUCCGUUCAGGAGUUCCUUCUCGGCCAUGCAGAUGUUGGUUUACAGCCCGCAGCCAGCAUCAAUCUCACGCGAACUUGCCUAGCUUACUUGAGGGGCAUUGCCUUUCACGAAGCUAGCAGAGGAACAGAGAUCUUUGGCAAAGGCAAGGGAAAGAGGCCACAGUGUAUUGGGGAGGAACCCAAUUUCCAUUUAGGGUUUCAUGCGGCAAUCAGUUGGAUGGACUAUGCCAAGAAGGCAGACGAGCAGAAAUGCACUGAGCUAAUUACCACAGCUGCGGACUUUUUGCUUGAUCAAUAUUGCUAUACCGCAUGGUAUCAGCAGUAUUGGCCAGCUGAAAGUGUACAGCAUGAAGGCGGCCCGUUGUACUUUGCCUCCAAACACGGCCUCCGAAACCUCGUUAGGGAAUUGAUUUCUCGAGGUGAAGAUGUUAACGCCCACAGCCGGAACGGCCCCCCGAUUUUUGCCGCUUCGUCAAGCGGCCACACAAAUAUUGUAAAAUUACUCAUUGAGAAUGGAGCAGAUCUGGAUGCCCGAAGCAGCUAUUGGGGGCAAACUUCACUCGAGGCGGCCUGCAGAAAUGGUUAUAAAGCCGUCGCCGACCUUCUCCUGGACUCGGGGGCAGAUUGGAGGACCUGGGAUCAGCAAGCACAUCAGUACACCGUGAAGCCAGGAGACAAACAACGUGCGUGUUCGUCCCGACGCGAAUUAGUGACUACUAGCCUGGUUGGUUCACGUGUUAAGGUUAGCACUCUGCCAUUCACGUGGGAGACGCGGACGAGGAAGAGGAAAAGAGAAGAAAAGCCACCGCUGUACGCAGAUGCUUUCAAGGCCAACAAUGAAAGCGACAUAUCAGGGUCUUACUUCAAGUAUCAAGGUGUGCUUUAUAGGCAGUAG